AUGAUACUGCGGCCAUGGAUGCAGAACAAGUUUCUGCUGCGGCUGACGUCCAAAGGGCGUGGUGUGUUAAAGUUCGUGAAAAUGCUGGAGAAUUGGGCCAUGCAGUGCAUCGUCAUAAGGUCGGCAGCCACAGAGGACGCACCUACCAAGACACGGCAGCGCCUGCUGGAAGCUCUGGUCAAGCCAGGCGGUCAGACUGCGAUACCACUCGACGAGGUUCAGGGCGAGGUUAUGAAUCUGCUGGUAGCCGGCACAGAGACAGUGUCCGUUACCGUCAGCUACGCACUGACACUGCUGGCGCUCCACCCUGAGUGGCAGGAUGCAGCCCACCAGGAGCUGAAGGACGUCUUCGGCGAGGGUGACGACUACCUGCGGGCUCCCAGCCUUGCAGACCUAGGCAGACUCAGGGUGCUGGAGAGCAUCAUCAAGUGUAUCUUCACUCUUCUUUGGUAUGACCUACAGGAGACACUGCGGUUGUUUCCAACGGUCCCAAUACUCCCUCGAGUGGCCACAGAGGACCUCUGGCUGUCUGGAGGGUCUCCAGGGAGUGUGUUGGUUCCUAAAGGUGCACUGCUUUUCGUGAUGCCCUUCCUCACACACCGCCUGCCGCAGUUCUUCCCGGAGCCACAUCUGUUCGACCCAUCGCGCUUCUUGGAGCACCGUGUUGGCGAACAACAUACAUGCAGCUACCUGCCAUUUGGAUUGGGCGCGCGCAACUGUGUGGGCUCCCAGUACGGCCGGCUGCAGCUCAAAGUCUACCUGGCAGACAUACUGAGGCGCUUCCGCUUCCUGCCAUGUAGCCGACGGGAAGACCUGGAGAACAGUGCGCUCUCCUUGAGCCUGAGCCCCAUCAAGCCAAUCAGAGUGUCGUGCAUACCUCUGGGUGGCUCUAGCACACAGGACCACUCUCAGCAUUGCUGA